AUGCGAUUUGGGCUCAAGAAUAUGAGUGCGACUUAUCAAAGAAUGACUACAGCCUUGUUACAUGACAUGAUGCACAAUGAAGUUAAGGUAUUUAUUGAUGACAUGAUCGUGAAGUCCAAAGAUAGAGAGGGACACAUAGCUAAUUUGAGGAAGUUCUUCAAAAGGAUCAAGGAGUAUAGAUUGAGAUUUAACCCACAAAAAUGCACCUUUGGAGUAACUGCUAGGAUUUUGCUAGGCUUCUUGGUAAGUGAUAGAGGGAUAGAGGUUGACUCAUCAAAGAUCAAAGCCAUAUUGGAUAUGCCUCCACCCAAGAAAUUCAAUUUGAAAUAUGAGGCUAGAAAAACCAUCAAAGAAAACGACAUGUCAGAUUUUUGUGUCGAAAACCCUAUAGAAGGAGAAACUGGUAAAGAAGAUUUCCAGGAUGAGGAUAUUUUGGAUAUCAAACUAGGGGCAUGGAAGAUGUAUUUCGGUGGAACUAUGAACCAAUAUGGAAAUGGGAUAGGAAUACUUUUGAUAACCCCCGAUGGAUCUCACAUACCUUUAGCAGUCAAGUUGAACUUCGAGGCAACUAACAACAUGGAAGAAUAUGAGGCUUGUAUUGCCAAAAUGGAAGCUCUUCAAGAGUUAGGGAUAAAAGAGGCAGAAGUCUUUGGAGAUUCAACUUUGGUCAUAGCCCAGGCAUAA